AUGAAAAGACAGCUCAUAAGACACCACUAUCCUCGAAGUGGCCCUUGGAAUCGUGUUUUCUAUUCCACCAAAAAGCCCGCUAAGAAUGUCUCACCCACAACACCAGCUACGAUGACUUCUUUGGUGUCUCAGAGGCAGGAUCUCUUCAUGACAGAUCCAUUGUCUCCUGGGUCCAUGUUCUUCCUGCCUAAUGGUACUAAAAUCUUUAACAAAUUAAUAGAGUUUAUGAAAUUGCAGCAAAAAUUCAAAUUCGGUUUUAAAGAGGUGAUAACACCAUUGAUUUACAAGAAGACUCUUUGGGAAAAAUCCGGUCAUUGGGAAAAUUACUCUGAUGAUAUGUUCAAAGUGGAGACCACUGAUGUAGAAAAGGAAGAAUACGGUUUGAAACCCAUGAACUGCCCCGGCCACUGCCUCAUCUUCGGCAAAAAGGAUAGGUCAUAUAAUGAGUUGCCCUUGCGAUUCUCGGAUUUUUCACCGCUACAUAGAAAUGAAGCUUCCGGUGCAUUAUCAGGACUGACAAGAUUAAGGAAAUUCCAUCAAGAUGAUGGACAUAUCUUUUGCGCUGCAUCCCAGGUGAAAUCAGAAAUCUUCAAUUCUUUAAAACUUGUCGACAUAGUUUACAACAAAAUUUUCCCCUUUGCUAAAGGUGCUGCUGACACAGACAACAACUAUUUUAUAAAUUUCUCCACGAGACCAGAUCAUUUCAUUGGGGACGUAGAAGUGUGGAAUCAUGCAGAACAAGUCCUCAAGGAAAUUCUUGAAGAGUCAGGCAAACCAUGGAAAUUGAACCCUGGUGAUGGUGCCUUUUAUGGUCCUAAACUGGACAUGAUGCUAACCGAUCAUUUGGGUAAAACCCAUCAGGUUGCCACCAUUCAGUUAGACUUCCAACUACCUGAGAGAUUCGAUUUGAAAUUCAAAGAUCAAGAUAAUUCAUACAAGAGGCCUAUCAUGAUUCACAGAGCCACUUUUGGCUCCAUUGAAAGAUUCAUGGCUUUGUUAAUCGAUUCAAACGAGGGCCGCUGGCCAUUCUGGCUAAACCCUUACCAAGCAAUAAUCAUUCCUGUAAACACUAAGAACGAGCAACAACUAAAGCUGUGCAACGCUUUGCAAAAAAAACUACGCAACGAGGAAAAGGUGAAUGAUAUGGAGCCUGUUGCUUUGAAUGAUUGGCACUUCAGUGCUGAUUUAGACAUACGAAAUGAACCUGUCGGGUAUAGAAUCAAGUCAGCAAUUUUAAAAAAUUACUCCUAUUUAAUUAUCGUGGGUGAUGAAGAAGUAGAAUUACAAAAAUAUAACAUCAGAGAACGUGAUAAUAGGAAAAGUUUUGAAAAACUAACUAUGAACGAAAUUUGGGAAAAGUUCAUUGAUCUGGAAAAAAACUAUAAGUAA